AUGGGCAACCUGCCAGAGUACAAUAUCAAGAAUGGCAAAAAGCUCGAUGGCACAGCUCUUAACCUGAGCAUCGGUAUAAUUGCCUCAUCGGCCUUCCUGAUGUUUGGCUACGACCAAGGAGUCAUGUCGGGUCUUUUGACGCUAAACGACUUUCAGCGAGACCUUCCAUUGAUGACGCCAGAUACCGCUGCCAAUGCACUCUGCGAAGAGCCCGGACAGUGCCAGGGCUCACCGUCUAUCCAAGCGGCUGGCGUGGCAGUGUAUCAAGUGGGAUGUAUGUUCGGUGCUCUUCUCGUCCUCUUCUAUGGAGACGGUUGGGGUAGACGGUCCAGCACCUUUUGGGGCUCGCUCGUCAUGAUUCUUGGCACUAUCUUUCAAGCAGCUCUCGGUGGGAACGCGGCGACGUCGUACGCUCUCUUUGUUCUAGGCAGAGUCAUUGGCGGCAUCGGUAAUGGCGUUGUCACCAGCACUAUCCCCACUUGGCAAUCGGAAUGCGCAAAACCACAUCAGCGAGGCAUGUUGAUUAUGCUCAGUGGAUGUUUGAUUGCCGUCGGCAUCGCCAUCUCUUACUGGGUCAAUUACGGCUUCUUUUUCCUUGAGGGCAGCGUUCGAUGGCGCUUUCCAAUCAUGUUUCAAUCAUUCUUCACCAUCAUCGUCAUGGUUGGCCUGCUUUGGCUUCCAGACAGCCCACGCUGGCUCAUGAUGCAGGGGCGAAGAGCUGAGGCAGUAGAUGUCAUCGCACGUCUUGCCGGCUCCUCUCCCGACGAUGCAGAGGUGCGACAAGAGGUCAAGUCGGUGGAAGAAGCCAUUCGCGUUCAAACUGCUGGCGGUGGGUUCAAGUACAGCGAGCUGCUAGAUCGCGGACCCUCGCGCAACCUUCAACGCGCCACCAUCGCCAUCCUUGCUCAAUUCGCUCAGCAGAUUACGGGAAUCAACGUCGUCACCUACUACCUAGCGCUUCUGCUGGAAGACUCGCUCGGCAGAAGCCAGCAGGAGAGCCGUCUGAUCGCGGGAAUCAACGGGACGGAAUAUGCGCUUGCAGCUCUCAUUGCGCUGCCACUGGUGGAAAGGUCCGGACGCCGAAAGCUCAUGCUGAUCGGUCUCAUCGGCAUGUGUGCCUGCAUGGCAGCCAUCGCUGGCUGCGUAUCCACCGGGACAGUCGUAGAUGGCGUGCCUGAACUUGCGAAUGGCCCGGGGAUUGCAGCUGUAGCCAUGAUCUUCCUCUACAAUUCAUUCUUCGCCGUUGGCUGGCUUGGUAUGACGUGGCUGUACCCCGCCGAGAUCUCGAACUUGAGGACAAGAAUACAGGUCAAUGCGCUGAGCACUUUGAUGAACUGGGCCAGUAACUUCCUCAUCGUCAUGAUCACCCCUCCAAUGCUGGCUUCUAUUGGAUACCAAACGUAUAUCGUAUUUGCCGUCUUUAAUGCGGCGCUCUUUCCGAUGGUCUACUUUUUCUUCCCCGAGACCAAGGGCAGAACCCUGGAGGAAUUGGAUGUCAUGUUUGCAAGCGCGAAAGCCCUCAACAAGUCUGCAGUCAAGCACAGUCUGGAAAUGCCAAGGCUGCUUGGCGAAGAGCUGGACAGGGAACUCAACAAAUACUUUGAAAGUCCGGCGUCCGCUCGGCCAGAUGAGGAGCACGGUUUUGCAGCGAGGUAG